AUGAGGUUUGUUGAGUUAGAUUGCUUUUCAAGUUUCUCCACUUCCUCCUCCCUACCUUCUGCUGCUGCUUCUUAUAGCCAUACCCCCAUCAUCAUUCCUCCACAUCCCCACAUCCAACCAAGUUUAAGAGGACCUACAGUAAAGGCUGAUAACCAAUCAGAGUGUGGAAAUGAUGUAAUAUACAUGGCUUCACCACCAGUUCCAAAGAAACAUGAGUCCAAGCCAAUUGUUGCCAGCAUUGAACGACCUGUUGAGCAUGAUAAUGUCCCCCCUAUCCAGCUAGAGCAGCGGGAAAUAACCAUGUCUCAGCCCUUCGAACACCAUCGCCCUCUGCCCUGCAUUGUCACCACAACAGUGGACGGCGCUGAGGGCACAGAGGAGGAUGCAGAGAUGCUUGUUGGUGGUGAGACUAUGGGGAACGUCCCUGCUUUGGCGGCAGGGAUAGGACGCGCUGUGUCACUGGAAGCACAAGCAGCAGCAGCAGCAACAGAAACAAGUUCAAAAGAUCAACUUGCCACUAUGGGUGAGACAGAAACACAGAGGGGCCAAACAUCCCCUGAUCAGCCCUCACCAAAAAGAAACAGUGCUCAUAUAAUGGAGUUUUUUGAAGAACAGGAGAAAUCUUUCCAAGAACACUUUCGAACCCUGCCAAAACCUAUCAAAAUUAAAAAGACCCGAUCACCGAGCCCCAGCAUGAUGCGUCAAAGUGUUGGCCUUGAUCACCUUGACAACCUGGUUCGGUUGAUGGAGCAACUUACUAAUUUGCGGGAUGAAAACAACCGACUAAAAAAGAAAUGUGCAUAUCUGGAGAGCACAAAAUAUCUUUUGCAAGUAAAAAGUGAAAUGUCUGAUGAUCGAGCACCUCUGGGAUACAUGUCUCUACCAAGCAAAGCAAAACAAAAGCAACAGAAGGCUAUAAAAGAUUCCAGUGAGGGAGACUUCUCACCAUCAUCAUCAGACCCUCCUCGGCAACGUCUGUCAAGUGUGGACAGCUCUCAGACUAUAGAAGUAAUUGAAACUGCCUCUGACCAGACCCCUAAACGACCAAAGACAACUAAGUUAUAUAAACGGAGCUUUUCUACGGGUUCCUUAGAGAUACCAUCAGAUAUUAUGGAACAGGAUAUUUCUGAAGAAUGCAAUAUUGUGAUAGUCAGUGAUUAUGAUAGCAAAGAUUCAAAACCUGGUUCCAAAUCACCGUGUUCUAAGAAAAAGUCUACUAAAUUUUCUAAAUGGGCCCGUGUCAAAAAGAUACUUACUCGACAGAAACUAAUGGAUGAUUCUGGGUCUGGUAUGAAAGUUGUAAAAGAUGGAGGAAAGCCUGGUCAAAGCCAACAGGCAGCACCAGAAAGCAGCACUCGGGAACUGACUGUACCAAUCGUCGGCCUAACAGAAACUCGCUCAAUGGACAGUGGUGUCAGUAGUGGUGCUGAUGGUGAUGGGAGGGAAGCACUGAGAACCUCUACAUCAUCAGGAGGGCCACCUAGCCCAUCACCCUUGGCCAAAGUACCACCUGCAGAAGAGGACAGCCACACAGAAAUGUGGAUGGCACCGCCACGGAGUUGGGAAGAAGGAAUCAAAAGUGAAAGUUCAGGUAAGGUGACUGAUAGUCAAGGGCAGUAUCUUAAUGUUAAGACACUUGUUCGACGUCAGUCAAGUCCAUCUCUUGUGGUGGAGGCAGGAGACGGUGCUAAUAAGAGUCCAGAUGAAGACUCUGCCUCACCUCGCCUACACAGGUCAGCAAGCUACAAAGUACCAGGUAGUGGAGAAAGAGCCAGUUCCAGAGAUAAGAAGUGUUACAAGACAGCCUGGGGACGAGUGAAAGGUAUAAUUCACACAAGGAAGGACAGUUCAAAAAAGAAGCACAAAAAAUCAGAAAAGAUAUUCACUUCAGAAGAACCAUCAGAAACAGACAUUGAAGUUGAAGAUGGCCUUAUUUAUUCCUCUCCUAAGUUAUCAGAAUUGGCCAAGAAACAACUGGGACUUAGUUCUGUUAGCAAAGUAGGUACUCCUCAAACCUCACCCCGGUUGUCUCAUCAACAGAGUUCAGUGAAGUCAUCAGGAAGCGAAUCUUCAAAAUCUCGAAGCAGUUCAGCCAAAAAGAACCUGCCAGGAACUGGCAAUGUGGAUAUGGCUGCUCUUGUGGGUGGUAUGUCAGAUGAUUUUACAAAGAAGAUGAAGCAAUGGGAAGAACUGAGAAGUAAGCAGACUACAGCUGCAAGUAAAAGUCCUGUAGAAGUGGCUGAUGUGUCCCAACAGGCAUCAAGUGACACAACAGGAAAGUCAGAUGAGUGGCAGACAGUUAAGGCCAAAGGGCCAAGCCCUCUUCAGAAACUAAGAUGGGAGUUUGGUAUUUCAAGUGAAGGCACCUCUGAUGGGGUUUCUUCCUCAGCUGAUAUUACAUCUCCACCCAAUGUAAAUGUUGAUGAGAUCCAACGUCCCCUGGCCGAUUACAAGAUCACAGAUGAGUUUGCCCAUAAGCUUUAUGAAUGGGAACGCAUGAAGGGCCUGUCACAUGAGUUGUCUGCUGCAUUGUACCGGGAGGUGAAAAAACGGGGCCUCCAAGGGGAUCCACCCCCAAGGGCAAGCACAUCCUCCACAACACCAGCCAUCCCUACCAUGGCUGCUGCUGCUGCUGCCACUGCCACACCAGCAGACACUCCAGGUCAAGAAAAAGAGCACAAACAAAAACCCAGUCCCUUGAAUCUGACCCCAAGCUGGGAUUCUCCUGAUGAAGCAUCACCUGUUGACCGAUGCUUCCCUCACUCCUCCUCUGAUACAAGUAUGGAUGAGAGUGCAACCACUGAGUCAAGUAUGACCAAAUCAAAUAUAUCCAGCCUAGAAAAUGCUCAUCUUAGAUUAUUGCAAGAACUAGAAGAGAAGAAGCAAGAAUAUGUAAAAAUUCAGCAAUCUGUAAAAGAACUUCAUGUCAAACUGGAGAAAUUCAAGGAUGCACAUUCCAAGGAAAUAGUCCGUUACAAAAAACAGAUUCCAGUGGAUAGAAAGCCUGCUGGAAAACUUAAAGAAGAGCAAUCUGGUGCUCUUAUCAGUGCAAUGCAUGAGUUAGAAGGAAAAAUCCAAGAACUGGAGCACUCUGGUGAGAAACUCCAACUCUCUAUGGAAAGUGCUGCAAUGUGUAAAUUACAAAGUAUGGAAGGAGAAGAAAACAUCAGUAGCCGAUUGAUGGAAUUGAUGGAACAGAUGAAACUUAUGUUAGCUGAAGCUUCACAGACAGAAGAAGUAUCUAAAAAAUCUUCAGCCUUGAACAACUUUGAAAAGUUUUACUGUCAUGCAAUGCAGCUGCAAAUUCAGAUGAAUAAUUUGCGACUAAGUCAUCUUGAGCGCAACAAGGAGAUAAUGGAGAUGAAAAGACAGCUGCUUCUGCAGGAAGUGAACAAUUUGCUACUGCAGGCAGAUAUUACACGACGAGAAUCUGAAUUGUAUCAAUUCCAAGAGACAAGGCGUUCAGUUCAAUUGAAAAGAUGGAACACUUACCAUGGAGGAAACCUGGAGUCAAGACCAAGAGUGGCCUGCAGACGGGAAUAUGACGACAAAACCUUGUUACAUCGAUUCGUCAGUAUGAAAGAGAGAAGUAAAGAGAUCUACUCAGAUCCUGACAGCCAGUCUGCACAAGAAGCCGCCUUAUCAGACACCACUGGUAGAUCAUUAGGUGCUUUUAAAUCCAAUCUUGCUGGCAGCUUGACGGAAGUUAGAUUGGAGGGUGACUCACCACGAGCUGUUCUCAACAACUCUACUCCUGAGCUUCACUUCCGUUCCACAUCAACACCGUUUAUUGACUCACUGGCUAUGGAAGAUAGAGAAGCUGGAGCCAGUCCUCUAGGCCCUGUGAGAACAGCACCCGAAGGAGAGACUCAAAUCUCUACCCCAGUAUCCACUCUUGGUCACACAGAUGCAGAGACCAUAUCUCGGAUACCGGAUGGGGCAUCAGAGGAGACGGACUAUGUUAGUCCAGUUAGCCAUAGUGUUCAGGAUCCUGACCAGUCACACUUACAAAUUUCAUUUACUAUCUCAUUAGCCACUAUGAACGUGCAAAUGCCACAGACAAUAGCAACAUCAACACAUGAACCAACUUCCAUCAAUUCUCAGUGCAUGUUGUGUAAAACUGCUUCUUCUGCUCAAAGACAUGCAACUUCCACUACCCCAGGCCCUGGGCUUGAUCCUGCAAAAGUUUCUGUAGAUAGUAGUACAGCAGAUCACAUUAAUAAGUUUCAUCAGGGAGAAACCCUAGCUGAUUGGUUAAAAAGAGAACCAAAAUGUCCUGAGCUACUCUUACCAGAGAGCAGCCCUGAUUUAGAAGGAAUGACCACAGUAAAACCAUUGUUUGUUGAUGAAACUCCAUCUGCAUCUGCUAUACCCCCAGGUGGGGAGCAGAGUGUCAGCAAACCAAAGGAACCUGUCCCAUACAAAAAGUCAGCUCUCAAAAAAAGCAAAGCAGCCCCUCUUGCAAAAAGUGAAGAUCUGUCAGAUAAAAGUAAAGCAACAAGACAGGAAACUGAAGGAUCUGAAUGGACAUCUCAAAGCUCUCUCAUUGGUCCCUGGGCUCCUCCUACAGAAAGGAGUAGUCAUGUACCUCAAACUACCUUAAAUGUGUCCACUGAAAAACAAACACUGAAAGAACUGAAACCAAAACAUGAGAAGACCACAAAAACUGAAAAAAUUGGUCCCUUCUCUGAAACCCCACUGCUAAAACUAUCAAGAAGUACAAGUCCUAGUAGCCAGACAUCAGUGUGUCCUCCACAGGUAGGAAUUGUCUCACCCAUUCGAAGGCUGAAACCAGCCACUGAAUUGCUGGAGGAAUGUCAGAAAUAUAGAAUGGGACAUACUGCUUAUCGUACUAGGAGCCAUCUCAGAGGUGCUCGAACAGAAGACGUUGACAAAAAGCCUCCACAGGAGGCAAGUGCCAAAAAAACCCAAGACAAGGAAAACAUGUCCGAGGGAUUUGUUCAUGUACUUGCAAAAAGACUCUCCGAUGAAGAAAUGCCAACACCAAGUGCUGGGUCGAAUGAUUCCACACCGAAAGCAGGUUCAGUUAUCUCUUUACAUCAUUCUGAUUCUCCACAUUCACUGACUGAAAUUGGCUACCACAUUGUGUGUAACAUCCCCAGUGGUCAGUCAGAACCAACUCUGCUUUCACAACAGUCGACCCAAGUCCAAACAGCAAAGGCUGGUGCUCCUUUGAAAGAAGUCACUAAGGGAGAAAAAGUGAAAAGUGUCAAGAUUGUGAAUGGGAAAGGCACCACCCAAGAAUCAUCUACUACAAUGCCCACAAGAAGAAGGUCAUUUGAAAUACCAAAAUCGAGUGAAUUCCAGCCAGAAUAUCAAGCCCAAAGCUCCUCGUCGACAAACUUAGACGGCAGGACAAUUGACGAAGGCAAACCAGAUUCAACUAUAAGUGUAUCCAAUUCUUUUUCGAUGCCUGUUUUAUCUUCUGCUGAGGUGCAAGGUGAUGGUGCCAGAAAAAUUAUUCAAAGUUUCAAAGUGAGAAAAACCAAACAAAGAAUCCAUCAUUAUAACUCAGGUGUCUACCAUAUUGGAAGAUUACAACUAAUGCGUGGUGAAAAUCCAGCCAACAGUUACGUGAUGCCAUCAGCAAAAGUCUGGAAAGGGGUCAGUGCCGCCUUGGUGAAACAAAAUCCAAAUCUUGAAAAGGUCCGCUGUUUGAUUCCAAGGAUAUUCCUGUGA